AUGCUCGCCGCGGAAGGUCUCCGGGUUGCCGCCGGCACAGCCGCCGAGGGGGGGUCCGCCCGCCCAUCAGAAAGAAGCUGUCGCGGGAGUGCACAGGGAGAGAUCCGACCGUGCAACCCGAGGGAGUAUGCGGGCGCUCACUGCCGGUGGCGACAUGCAAGGAAGGCAGUUGCUCUUCUCGGCCGCGUCUACUCCCAGCCGCAAAGGCCCCAUCAUCCCCAUCAGACGCAGGCUAUCCAUCCCCAGUGUCGGCUCUGCGCCCAUGACCCCAUCCGGCUCGAGCAGACCACUAGCACGGAGACUGGGGGGAGAUCGCAGCACGCGGGCGCCGCCACCCACUAUCAAAGCCCCGUGCAUAUGACGGGAGCGCGCGGGGGCCCACUUACAGUAGGCUCGCGCUGGAUCUGGCACGCCUGGGACGAUGCUCGGUCCACUGAUCAAUCUGGAUGGGUCCGAUCUGAUCAUCACGCGUCCCAGGCCGCGAGCCCGUGCCAGACGAGCGAUUCAUUCUUCAUUUUGCGUUGCGCGGACUGCGUCGGAGCUGAGAACUGGGGGGCUCAGAGCGUAAGGGCCCUACUCAGCGGGCGCGCAUUGCACAUCCGAGUCCGCGAGCGUCGAGAUCACACCGUGUGCGACCUCGCGCGAACAGGCGCCGUCCCCGCUCGGGCUCCUGUGUAG